AUGGUCAGUCCUCCCGCGGUCAGUCCUCACACGGUCAAUCCUCGCACGGUCAGUCCUCCCGCGGUCAGUCCUCCCAUGGUCAGUCCUCCCAUGGUCAGUCCUCCCACGGUCAGUCCUCCCACGGUCAGUCCUCCCAUGGUCAGUCCUCCCACGGUCAGUCCUCCCACGGUCAAUCCUCGCACGGUCAAUCCUCCCAUGGUCAGUCCUCCCACGGUCAGUCCUCCCACGGUCAGUCCUCCCACGGUCAGUCCUCCCAUGGUCAGUCCUCCCAUGGUCAGUCCUUCCAUGGUCAGUCCUCCCGCGGUCAGUCCUCACAUGGUCAGUCCUCCCACGGUCAGUCCUCCCGCGGUCAGUCCUCACAUGGUCAGUUCUCCCACGGUCAGUCCUCCCGCGGUCAGUCCUCCCAUGGUCAGUCCUCCCGCGGUCAGUCCUCCCAUUGUCAGUCCUCCCACGGUCAGUCCUUCCGCGGUCAGUCCUCCCAUGGUCAGUCCUCCCAUGGUCAGUCCUCCCAUGGUCAGUCCUCCCGCGGUCAGUCCUCCCAUGGUCAGUCCUCCCGCGGUCAGUCCUCUCACGGUCAGUCCUCCCGUGGUCAGUCCUUCCGCGGUCAGUCCUCACAUGGUCAGUCCUCCCGCGGUCAGUCCUCCCGCGGUCAGUCCUCACAUGGUCAGUCCUCCCGCGGUCAGUCCUCACAUGGUCAGUCCUCGCAUGGUCAGUCCUUCCGCGGUCAGUCCUCACAUGGUCAGUCCUCCCGCGGUCAGUCCUCCCGCGGUCAGUCCUCACAUGGUCAGUCCUCCCGCGGUCAGUCCUCACAUGGUCAGUCCUCGCAUGGUCAGUCCUCACACGAUUGGCACCAGUUGUCACUGA